GUUUAGCUAUGUCUGCUCAAAUAAAGGGUCUCAGUGAAAAUAGUAUUGCUAGAAAAAUUACGUGCAACCACUGGGGAGGAGAGUAAUUUCAGGCUUUUAAUAUAUAAUCAAUCUGCAAUGGAAGCACUCAAGCUGCUGUUCAUGUGCAUUGGAUUUGCCACGGCAGUCGAUAUUUCUGUGAGAGUUCAAUUCAGAGGCAGUGCAUUGAUGAAGCCGUACCGCCAUGAGGAAACGAUCACGGCAAAGAAUGAGACAGAAUUGAGAGAGAAAUUGGCUGAAAAGCUUGAAAACGCGUUACUGGACAAAGAGAUUGAUGAGAUUACCAUAACAACCGAAGUUUCUCAAGACAACGAGGCUUAUUCAACCAAAGUCACCAAGCUUGACGUGACAGCUCCAAAUGAACUAGAUGGCACGACUUUCGUUACCACUACUGAAGGUGAUGACAUCACUAAAGCCGUAACGUCAUCUAGCUAG